AUGUCAACGUCGUCGAGAGCGCGGCGCGGCGGCGGGAGGCAGUUCGCGGUGGGCGGGCGGCUGCGGCACGUGGCCGUGGUGGACGCGGGGUGCGGGUGCCGCCCGCGCCGGCCCAGGCUGCCGGCGCUCAUGAGCCUGCCUUCCUUCCUCAGGCCGGCCCCGAAGCCGCCGGCGCCGGCGCCGGGGAGCAUCAGCAGCAGCUCCCUGUCCCGGUCGUCGUCCUUCUUCCCCUCCUCCGCCUCCACCGCCUCGUCCGCCACCUACUCCUCCUCCAGCGCCUCCUACAAGCAGCACGGCCAGCCGCCCGCGGUGCCCUACGGGGUGACGGCCAAGGCGUCCGCCCCGGCGCCGGUCGCCAGGAAGAAACAGGCAACAAGGAAGAGGCGCGAGAAGGCAGCGGCGUCGGAUGAGGAGGGCGUCGGGGUGGCGGUGGAGAAGGAGUCGUCGGACCCGCGGGCGGACUUCCGCGACAGCAUGGUGCAGAUGGUGGUGGAGAUGGGGCUGUGCGACUGGGACGGCCUCCGCUGCAUGCUCCGCCGCCUGCUCGCCCUCAACGCGCCGCGCCACCACGCCGCCAUCCUCGCCGCCUUUGCAGAGGUCUGCGCGCAGCUCGCCUCCGACCCUCCGCCGCAGCCGCCCGCCUACCACUACGACUACUACUACUGACGAAGCUCGUCCGCUCGUGCUCUGUUCCGUGUGUGGUGUGGGUCUCGAGAUCCUGGCACCACCUGGUGUACGCGUCGCUUACCGGGUGGUGAUAGGAU